AUCUGAAUAAAAAUGUUCGUGUGAAGGUGGUUGUCCAUGAACGUCCCCAUGAAGGCUGUAGCUAUUGGGUGGGCAGUGGCUAUGACGUGUGGUAUAAGUGGCAUUCUCUUGGCAAAGAGGAGUGUGGACAGACAGAGAUUGGAGGUGCUCCGAGAAAAGAACAGAUCAUCUUAUACUAGCAGAUAAAGAGAAUUUUAUACCCUUCACGACCCCCUACCGCAAGCCCAUCACUUCAUCAGUAUCAUAAUGCACAUGACGCAGAAAACACGUUUAUUCGGUGUAAUAAAUAGCAAUUGAAAAUCAU